AUUUAAUCAUCAUGUCAAAUAAAACUGUUUAUCCUUGGCAAAAAUAUUCAAAAAAUCCACUUAUUGUAAAAGAUGAUGUUGGAAAAGCAAAACCAAAUACCUACCCAAUUCCUAAUUGUGCAUUUGGUACUCGUACUGUUCCUGGAAAAGAGGAAUCCUUAGGAGAAGUAUUGUGUCAUAUGGAGCAUUUUGCUUCAAUGGAGAUAAGACCAGAAAGGGAUUUCAAAAAAACUAAUAUCAUGAGUAUCAAACGUAAUUUGUGUACAGCUAAAGAAUUCUAAGAAUUUAGACAGUCACAUGAUAUUAGAUAAAAGGUUGUUUAGGGUAAACCAAGAAUAAAUGAGACUCCUAAAUAAUAAGUAUUCGGUAGAAAAAAUAAGUAUAAAGUUAAAUCUAAUCUUAAGAACUCCUUCACCAAUUAAAAAUGUUUUAGCAUAUGAUUAUGGUGCAGUAGCUGAGAAAUAAUAAGCAGAAGCAUAUACACCAAGGCCAUCAACUGCCAAAAGUAGAAUUUCAGCAGAAACUAAAUCAAGUAAAUUAUUAAAAGAAACAAUUAAGAAAAAUCACUUAAUGUAAUCUUAACCAGAAUAAUUGAAAAAGUUAUCUCAAUUUGCUAAUGUCAAAGCUAAAACUAAAACUAGAUAUUGAAUUAUAU